AUGUGGGACAACCAGUCUCAACAACCAACUCUGAGAGACCGCAUCUGGAACAAGUCCCGUUUCACACCGUUCCCCAAGAUCACAGCUGUCGAAGUAGUGAUCACACUGAUAGUCACAUACUUCGUGACCCAAACUGCCCUUCUACUAGUGCUGCACUGGGACUCCUACGACAUCAACUCACGUCCCGAGCUGUUCGCCAACCUCAGCUACAACCUAUUCGUGUUUCUAGUCACAAUGGAGGUGUUCUACGUCAACGGGCGACUACAAAUUUUCCUGCGAAUCAUCGAGACCGAAUUCAAGGUGUUCGAAACCGAAUCGGACGCAAACCUGGUGGAAAAGAAACGCAACAAAGUUGGGGAAACGGAGGAGACAGCGAUCAGGAACUCUAGAGCGCUCAGCAAUAUUCUCCUCUUCUUCUGUUUCGGAUACUCUUUCAACUGUGUCCACGGCAUCCUGAUGUGUAUCUAUAAAUUCCGUCCUUUCGAUGAUCUUCCAAUCACGUUUUCCUUCCUCCUGCCCGCCAGCUACACGAAAACUACAGAGAGUGGCUACUUGUACAUAGUUGUUGCCCUGCUACAAUGCUGGUAUCUAUAUUUCGGCUAUAUAAUUGUGUCUGUCCUGUAUUCCUCAAGAUUGUUUGCCUACAACAGUAUAUUCACCGAAAUCGAACUGUUUCUGAUCACCCUGGAGGAGCUGAGUGGUUUCAAAUUUGAAAACGAGGCGGAAGGACAGAACAUUUCAGCGCGGGAUGUAAAUCACUUGAAAAAGAUAAUUAGGACGCUGGGUAUUCAUCAUCAAAUCAUUUUCAAGAAAAUUUCAAUGUUUGAAGAGGGUGGACGAUAUCAUCUUUUCUAUGUGAAUGCAAGUCUGUGCUCACUUCUAUGCUUAGCCAUAUUUUGUACACAGAGAGUGACAUCACAUCACUUGAAAGUCAGGUACGGUUUAUUGGCAUUGAGUAUGUUAGCUGGUUGUAUGGUUUAUUCAGAGAAUGGCCAACGUUUGAUGAACAGGGGUGAAAAAACGAGAAAGGCAAUCUACGAAUGUUCCUGGAUGGACAAACCAAUCUGGGUACAGAAAGCGCUUCUAAUCAUGAUGAUGAGAAACACACAGGAUUUCGAAAUUAAUUUCUACGGAAUUUUCAAAACUAACAGGAGUAACGUCAGCAGUUUACUACAGGCUGCCUACUCCUACUUCAGCUUCCUAAACAAUACAAACUGAAUAGCUAAUGGUUGAAAUAUUUGUUUCAAUGGUUGAAAAGUAAUCUAUAGUUUAUAUUAUGAAA